AUGAGGAUAAGCGGAGUCACGCUGUACCGCGUCUCAUCCCAACUUCGAAAUGUCGUCAAUGGCCAAUGGACAACCACUCACUACACAGUUAAAGAUCGAUCCAGUGAUCCACGUUGGAAAGAUGUUGAUAUGGCAAGAGAAAGUGAUGUCUUUGAUGUUGUUAUUGUUGGAGGAGGUCCUUCCGGUUUAUCCGCUGCCAUUCGACUGAGACAAUUGGCUGAGAAAGCUCAGAAAGAACUUCGCGUUUGCGUUGUUGAAAAAGCGUCUGUUAUUGGAGGACAUACACUGUCCGGAGCUGUAAUUGAGACGCGUGCUCUUGAUGAGUUGAUUCCAAAUUGGAAAGAACUCGGAGCUCCAGUUCAUCAGCAAGUCACUUCUGAAUCCAUCGCAAUUCUGACGAAAACUGGACGUAUUCCUGUUCCAGUAUUUCCAGGAGUUCCACUUGCAAACCAUGGAAACUAUAUUGUUCGUCUUGGAAAAGUUGUUCAAUGGCUUGGAGAGCAGGCCGAAGCGGCUGGAGUCGAAGUUUGGCCAGAGAUCGCAGCUUCUGAAGUAUUAUACAACGAGGAUGGAAGUGUGAAAGGAAUUGCUACAAAUGAUGUUGGAAUCGGAAAGGAUGGAGCACCUAAGGAUGGAUUUGCACGUGGAAUGGAAUUUCAUGCAAAGUGUACAAUCUUCGCAGAAGGAUGUAGAGGUCAUUUGAGUAAGCAGGUUCUCGAUAAGUUCGAUUUGAGAUCUCAUGCUAUGACCUACGGAAUCGGACUCAAGGAGCUUUGGGAAAUAGAUCCAGCCAAGCAUAGGCCUGGAUAUGUUGAGCAUACAAUGGGUUGGCCAUUGAAUGUUGAUCAAUACGGAGGAUCCUUCCUCUACCACAUCGAAGACGCUGGGCAGCCACUGGUUUCAGUUGGUUUCGUCGUUGCUCUUGACUACGCGAAUCCCAAUUUGAAUCCGUACAAAGAAUUCCAAAAAUACAAAACCCACCCUUCAAUUUCCAAGCAACUGGAAGGUGGAAAACGUAUUGGAUACGGAGCACGUGCUCUCAAUGAAGGAGGAUUCCAAAGUAUUCCUAAAUUGCACUUCCCCGGAGGAUGUCUUAUUGGGUGCUCAGCCGGAUUCUUAAAUGUUGCUAAACUGAAGGGAACACACAGCGCGAUGAAAAGUGGAAUGGUGGCUGCAGAGGCAAUUUUCGAGGAGCUUCAACAGAAAGGAGACGAUGUUCAAACGAUUGAUCCAGCUAAUUAUGAUAAAAAUGUCCGUGAUACAUAUGUUGUGAAAGAACUCAAAGCAACAAGAAAUAUCCGUCCAUCAUUCAACACGUCUCUUGGAUAUAUUGGUGGUCUCAUCUAUUCUGGACUAUUCUAUGUUUUCGGACGUGGAAUUGAGCCAUGGACACUCGGACAUGGAAAGAAGGAUAAUGAAAAGUUGAUUCCAGUGAAAGAUGCGACAGAGAUUGAUUAUCCAAAACCAGAUGGAAAAUUGACAUUUGACCUUCUAACAUCUGUUUCACUGACUGGAACUAAUCAUACUGAAGAUCAACCAGCUCACUUGACAUUGAAGAACGAUCAGGUUCCACUUGAUGUGAACUUGGCUGUCUUCGGAGGACCAGAAGCACGAUUCUGUCCUGCUGGAGUCUACGAGUUCGUCCCAUCCGAAGCUGAUGAGUCGAAGAAACGUCUUCAAAUCAAUGCUCAAAAUUGCAUCCACUGCAAAACGUGCGACAUCAAAGAUCCUCAUCAGAACAUCAACUGGGUCACACCAGAAGGAGGAGGUGGUCCAAAGUACGAGGGAAUGUAA